AUGUAUGCUCUACUUUGUUUGAAUAUCCUAUCUAACCGAGAUCUAGCUGAUCCUCGAUUCGCAAACAUACAAUCUGACCCCAGAUAUCGGCUACCGAGCAAGAAGCACACUCAUGUCAAGCUUGAUAAACGCUUUUCGCACAUGCUGCGCGACUCAGAUUUUUCCAAGAAUGCUCCAGUUGACAGAUACGGAAGAAAGCUGGCUCGGGACGAUACACGGAAACAGUUAGAGAAAUUUUACCGGGUUGAUGAUGAGGAUGACCAGGAGGAGAAAGAUAAAGAUUCCGAAGAGGAAUAUAUUAGUGUUGAUGACGAUGAAGAAGUACAAAAGGAGCUACGUAGGGUGGAAAGGGCAGGCUAUGAUCCGGCUCGUGAUGGCGGAUUUGACUCAUCCUCUUCUGACGAGAGCUCCAGUGACGAAGAGGAAGAGGAAGAUGUUGCGGGCAACAUGGAAAUGGAGAUUCCUGGCCCCGGCCAACAGGAUGCUGAUAUCCCUACGGGAGAAUAUACGGAAAGGAUAGCUAUUGUGAAUCUUGAUUGGGAUAAUAUCAAGUCCCAGGACCUUAUGGCUGUAUUCACCAGUUUUCUCCCUCCCGGUGGCGUUAUCCGGAAAGUAUCAAUAUAUCCAAGCGAAUUUGGGCGCGAAAGGAUGGAAAGGGAAGAAAUGGAUGGACCGCCGAAGGAGAUAUUUUCUCACAAUACUAAAUCCCAGAAUGAGGACUCUUUAUCGGACGAGCAAGAUGAAGAGGAAGAGGAAGAAAAGAUUAAAAAAUCUCUCCUAGUCGAAGGAGACGGGGACGACUUUGACGCUGGGAAGCUACGGCAAUACCAACUUGAAAGGCUCCGGUACUUCUAUGCUAUUUUAACAUGUUCAUCAAAGGAGGUGGCCAAACACAUAUACGACGCUGUGGAUGGCACAGAGUACAUGAGUAGCGCGAAUUUCUUUGACCUCCGAUUCGUCCCUGAUUCCACUGACUUCACGGAUGACGUUCCCAGAGAUGAGUGUGUGAAACUACCAGAUGAUUAUCAACCAAGUGACUUCGUCACAGAUGCUUUACAACACAGCAAGGUCAAAUUGACUUGGGAUGCGGAUGAUCGGGCUAGAAAAGACGCCCAGGAAAGAGCCUUCAAGGGGAGUAGGAAGGAGAUUGAUGAAAAUGACCUCAAAGCAUACCUCGGCAGUGAUAGCUCAGAGAACGAAGAAGAUGAAGCUGAAGCUGCGGGCGCGGCAGAAGCCGGAGCCGCACCCAAACUGAGCAAGAAAGAGGCAGAACGUGCAAGGGUCCGAGCAUUGCUUGGUCUAGGUGAUAAACCUGCAGCUGGCAAAAAGGAAUCAAAGCCAGUUGGUGAAAUGGAAGUCACAUUUUCAGCAGGGCUGACGGCCGCCCCCGCAAGGGACACAGUAUUUGAGAACGAACCUGAGAAGGAAGAAACAACAAGGGAAAAAUAUGUUCGAAAGGAACGAGAGAGAAAACAACGAAGAAAGGCUAAGCUAAAGGCUAGCAGAUCGGGCGAGGGAGUUUCGCAGGAAGAGGGUGGUGGAAAAGAUAGACAAGAAACCAAGGAAGCCGAAGAGGACCUUGGCUUUGAUGACCCUUUCUUUACUGCGCCUGAGCUUGACGCUGUCAAGGCAGCCAAACAGCGCAAGGAAGACAGGAAAAAGCUUCAGGAACAGCGCAGAGCCGAGGAAGAGGCAUCCGCAUCCAAGAGAGCUGAACUUGAACUCCUCAUGAUGGAUGACGAAAAGUCAACACCCAUUUCACAUUUUGAUAUGAAUGAGAUUGAAAAGGCUGAGAAACGGGCUCGAAAGAGCGACAAACAUAGAAAGGGAAAGAAGAGCGUUGUCGAAACUACGCCUGUGGAUAAUUUUGAGAUGAACGUUAAGGAUCCUAGAUUCCAAAGCCUCUUUGAAAGCCAUGAAUACGCCAUUGACCCUACCAACCCCAGGUUUAAACAAACAACGGGUAUGAACCUGCUACUUGAAGAAGGUCGAAAGCGAAGACGCCACGUCGAUGAUAUGGGCCCCAGUGAAGAGAAAUCCGGUGAGAAACUGAAAAGAAAUAAGAAAAGCAAGUCAAGCUUAACGGUGGCAGAUGAUGGGGAAGCAAUUAGCAAGCUUGUUCAAAAGGUGAAGGCAAAGACCAAAAAAUGA